AAAAAACAAAAAAUAAUUAUAUUUAAUCAAAUUUUAGAUAGAAUAAGUCAAUAAUAUAAAUAUAACUAGCAUUUGUAGACUGUGAAAAUGCAAUUACCAGAUGAACCUCUAAUGAUUAGAGGUAAAGGCUAGUAAGUAAAAGGAGUUGGAUAAUUGCUUGAAGAAAGAUUAUAGAGGUGUGAUUUGGAGCUUAAUAGAGUUUUAAGGUUAGAUGAAUAAAUCAAUGUUUUUGAUGUUGAUAUCAGAAAUUUAAAAUCCAUAUUUCUUGAAAAAAAUGUACAUUUCAAAGCUCUAGUUGAUGAAGUAAAAACAUGGAAUAGUGAUCUUAUUGAGUUUAAAAAUGGGAAAAAAACAAUCUUCAGAGUUGGAUUUAAAUUUAACUUAAUGAAGUAUCUCGCACAAAAUUUAAGAGAAAUUGUAAAUACGAAGGAUCGGCAAGUAUAAUUAUUCUAUUUGAUGUAGCUCAAGAACUGGUAUGACAGAUAAAAUGACAUUUAUUUAUCUUUGAGACCUUAGACUUAAGGGGGAAGAGUUUCCACUGCUUCUAGACCUGGUACAUCAAAUCAGAAUAAUUAUAAUGUGUUUUCAAGCAUGACGUUAAAAGAUACAAAUUAAAAUUUUUUUCCUUCAAGCAAUUUAGAUGAUUACUUCAAUAAUUAUAGAUCAAAACAUUCACAUUUAGAUCCUCCUGAGGACAGAAUUAAAGAGUUUACUAAAAAAGAGUUAGCUGAAAUGCAUCUAUCUACAAAUUAAUCUAGACCUGCAACUGUAAUGCUUAACUAGGCUAGACCUUUUACACAAGGUAGUCGUCCUUCAACUAAUUACCAAUCCCUACGUAUGUUAAGUAAUGUGGAUUUGAUUUCAAGAGGUGCAAGUAGAGGUGGAUUGGCUUCAGCACAAACAAAUUAUUAAGAAGGGGAGAGAUUAAGAUCCCCAGGAGUUAUUAACACUACUCCUUGGAAUUACUCUGGAAGCUUUGCAUUUUUCUAAAGUACAAAUAUAUCUCAAAAAUAAUCACCUACUCCUCAAAUAUAAAACUAGUUUAAUUAUAAUAAAAUUUCAAAGAAAGAUUCUAAAGAAUCUGAAAAUAAGCAAGAUGAAAAUUAAGAAAAUGAUGUGGAAUAGGAGGAUUAAGAAAAUACACCUUAACAUGAGCAAUAAAUGCGUAAGACACAUUAAGGUCCUGGAAUUUUGUAACCUAGCAGAAAAGCUUUUAAUCAGGAUAAAAACACUGAAAUGAGUUAUGCACCUCAUGUUAGGCCUUCAGGAGACAUAAAAUCAACUUAUCUUAACUAUAAUCCAUCCAAUGAGAUAGGGGAAAUAAGACUCGAGAACAUAUGGUACAUUAAUAGAAACAAGGCCGUUUAGGAAAAAAGAGAGCAAGAAGAAUUAGAAAAUCAUAUUUAGAAUUGGGCUUAGAAUAAAGGAAUUAUGGAUUAAGAAAUAGAUAAAAAGAAUGAAAUUACAGCUCAUGGAUCUAAAUUCGAAGAUAUGGGAGUUAAAACUCAGGCAAAAUGUGUUAAAAAAGUGUUAUCUGAAAAGAACUUUUAGUAAAAGUAAAUGACUUCAGAAGAAGUCGAAGAUUAAAGUUUAUUUAAUAAUUAUAUAAAUAUUUUGAAGCUUUCAAAGGAAUAAAAGUAAAGCAUGGCUAAUCCCUCUGCUAAUGAUGAGUCGAUUUAUGAAAUUGCAUCUAAAAUAGACCAGUCAAUUAGGACGCCUAGGUCAUAAAGGUCAUAGAGUAGAGCUGUUAGUGAUUUUUAAGAUUAAAUAGCCUCUGAGUAGAAUUUAUUAGAUUAAUCUAUGUCUUAAAAGUAACAAAAAAAAAGACAAUUAGUAAAGAAAAAUUCAGAAAUUCCUUAAGAAAAUAAACCAUAGCUUGAGGAAAGACCAAAAACAAUGUAUGUAAAUCUUAGGGAAUAAGUAAAAUAAAGCUAACCAGAAAUAAAUCCUGUAUUAGGUAUUGAAUUUUAAAUGAAAAAGAAUAAGCUUGCUCAACUGAGAUAAACUAAAGGUAAAAUAAUUGGAUAAUCAUAAGCUAAAGUUGGAGAAGAAGCUGAUGAGGAGGAAAUAAAUAGAAGAAAAUAAUAAAGUUUGUAAAUUUAUCAUAGAGACUCCAAAUAAUUAAACUUCAGACCAUUCUCGAAUAUGUAUAAGAAAAUAACAAGCAAUACUUUAAAAUCAGAGUAAUUAAGUGAAAUUGACAAGGUAAGAAAGGGUUUUGCAAAUAAAGGAAUAAGAUGCUCUCUUAAAACUAUUUCUUAAUCUCUUUCUAGACCCUAGGGAUUACCUAUAACUGAGCUUUAACUCCCAUCUCCAGGUUCUAUGCUAUUUGUAAAUCCUUUUGAUUAAUUUAGUAAAAAGAAAUCAAAAAAGAAAAAAUGA